AUGUCAAUUCGAUUAUUUCAACUUGUAGUUAGUUCCUUGAAGCAGAAUCUACAACCGUCGAAUAUUUUAUUAAAAUCAGGUAUAUCAAUAAGGUCUAUAACAGCCAUGGAAGUUACUGAAUCUGCUGAGAACAAUCCAGAAAUAUUACCUUGUAAAAAUCAUACACGGUACAAACGACGUUUAAAACGGCAAUGGGAGUCGAAUGAUAAAAAUGAAAAUAAUGCCAGUGAUGAAAAGAAAAUAUGUGAUAAACCUUUCGAAAGAAUUAAAAGAAAGAAAAUGGCGAUGCUGCUUGGAUACUGUGGUGUAGAUUAUUAUGGUAUGCAAAGAAAUCCAGGUGUUAGAACUAUAGAAGAGGAUCUCCUUAAAGCUUUAUUUGAAGCGAAAUAUAUUACGGAGGAGGAUUUCAACAAUCAACAAAAUGCACAAUUUCAGAGGAGUUCUCGUACUGAUAAAGGAGUGUCUGCUGCCAGACAGGUUGUCUCACUUAAACUACCUCUAGAAGUUAACAUAGAAGAAAUAAAUAAGAAUUUACCUGAAUGCAUAAAGGUGUUUGCAAUUAAACGGGCUACCAAUAAGUUCAAUUCAAAAUCAAAGUGCAACGCACGGACAUACAGUUAUACACUCCCUACAUAUGUGUUCGAUCCUAAUGUUAAAGAAGAAGAUAGAAAAGCAUAUAGAUUAUCUGCUGAAAAAAUGACUAAAGUUAAUGAAGUAUUAGCUGUAUACAAAGGUACCAAGAGCUAUCACAAUUUUACAGAGAAAAAGCAUUAUCAAGACCCAUCAUCGUUAAGGUAUAUGAUGAGUUUUACCUUAGAAAGAGUAUUUUUGGAAUCUGAAAUGGAGUUUGCUGAACUUUUAGUUAAGGGUCAAAGUUUUAUGUUACAUCAAAUAAGAAAAAUGGUUGGGCUAAUGAUUGCUAUAGUCCGAGGUCACACCGACAUGGGCACCAUGGAAAAGGCAUUCAGUAAAGACAAAGUUAUGAUACCGACGGCCCCUGGACUAGGCUUACUUUUGGAUAAAGUUCAUUAUGAGAGGUAUGACGCGAAGUUUAAAGACAGCCAUGAUAGUCUAACGUGGGAUUCCGAAGAAGAGGCGGUGCAAAGAUUUAAACGGGAACAAAUCUUACCUAGUAUUAUUAAAGGUGAAAUUGAAGGCAAUUCAAUGGGGCUAUGGCUAGAGAAAAUCAAAAUGCACUCAUACGAGCCCAAUGAAGAAACAGAUGAUAAGAAUGAUAAUGAUUUCGGUGGUGAUGAUGACGAUGAUGACACUGAAGUGAAAGAGGGUGAUGGAAACAGUCCUGAUGAUGACAAAAGUGAGAAUGAAGGUAGUAUGGUUAGUGAUAAGAAUGAUGUUAUGGAAAAUAUUAUUAGUGUUAAAGACAAGGAAUGUAAAGAU